AAAAUAAGCUGACUUUUUCUCAUCUAACUCUGCAGGGAGAAAAUAUGUAUGUUUUGUUUCCUCAGGGACAAAAAGGGAUCCUUCAAACAGGCCUUUAAAUCCCCCCUGCUUUACCUUUGGGAUGUUUACUCGGCGCCUGCACCUGCCGGCAGAGACGUCCCUACGCUCCUGGCUCUCUGUCUCACGCUCACCGUCGUCACUGGCGGCCUGCUCCACCACUGGCUGUCAAAAACCCUCAAAUACAACGCAGAGGCGUCCGCCGGCGCCGCCUGCCUCUACGGCGCGGCCGCGUUUCUGCUCUCGUUCCUGUGUCACCCUCUGCGCUGUGUGCUGACCAUCAGCCUGCCCACCGUCUGCACCGAGCAGGGACGCAAACUCCUCAUCGCGGCCUCCGUCAUGAUUCUGGUCUCCAACGUCAUCCCCAACAUCACGGUGAACUUGGGGGUGGUCGCUCGCGUCUUAAAGUGCACCGCCGAGGGGUUCACGAAGACCUUGUUGAACUCCACCGAGCCGCUGAACGAGGCAAAGCGAGACCUCGUCGAGGAGGCCAUCAAAGUGAAGAGGGAAGACUUGAGCAUCGUCACCAACUUGAGGAAGUUGGAUCAUUUCGCACACGUCGACGUGUCAGAGGUCAAAAGCAGGUUCGCUGAGAUGAUCGCGCAGAUAGAGGUGAACUUCUCACGGGCCAGGAACCUGCUUAGAGAUUACAAACUGGUGUCAAACCGAAUCUUCGCUGCCAUUUUCGUGGCUUUGCUAAUCUUUGAAUCUGCCCGCUACUUAAGAUCGUAUCUGGCAUCGGUUAAGUUUGAUAAUGGCUGCACCUCCAAAGGUCUCCUGCAAAGAGCGAACAUUCGAACUAAUCCCACAAGCUGCAGAAUAACCAGUCAGGAAUGCACCGCGUGUUUCGUAUCGCUGGUUGUGGUGACAUUAUAUUUCACUGCAAUCACUUUGAUAGUAGCUUUGGAUUAUGUUGUAUAUCACAUAGUUCAGGCGAUCCUCCCAUGGAUGCUGGAUUUUCAACCGACUUCUGCCAGCAUAAGUGUGUCUUAUAAGGUCCACUGGUUCCCUCCUGCCUUUUGUAUCAUCCCACAAUCCUGCAUCACACGGGAGCUCGCAAACUUCCAGAGGGUUUACGGGUGGACUUUCAACCCCGAGCCGUCGCUCUGCGAGGCGGCGACCUCGCCUCCGAGCCCGGGGGUCACCCUGGUCCUGGGGUGUCUCUGGGCGAUGAGCUACUUGCUGGUGUUCCUCGAGGUUUACGCCAGACGGCUGCGUGGGAGGAUCUCUGCCUCCUUUUUCAGAGAGCAAGAGCAGAGGAGAACAGAGUACUUGACGAAGAAAGCGCGAGCGAAGCAGAGUGGAAGGAAGCCGGUGGAGAGCACUUCCGUCGUGGUCGGCCGUUGGUGAACAUCUACUGGAAUAAUUGUUGUAUCGCCAUGACAGCAGUGGCAGUUCUAGACCACUUCAAAUGUGAAAGCCAGGCUUGGGCAGCAAAUAUCAUAGCACACUAGUACCUGGAGGAGGCAGGAGGUAGAGCGGUCGUCGACUAGGCGGGAAGUCGGCGGUUUGAUCCCCGGCCUCGGGCGAGAUACCGAACCCCAAAUCAUUGUUGAGUGCGGCGAAUGUCUUAGCACUCCUGAGGAACAGAUAAUAAGAUAACACAGAAUGUGUGAGUGAAUGGAUGAAUGCAGAAUUGUGUUACAAAGCACGUUGAGUCUAGAAAAGCCUAGUUCAAAAUAAUGCUGUGCAUUUUACCCCUCCACCAGGUUUGGUUCUCCACAAUAUGCAACAAUUAGGGGUUCUGAGGGAGAUGCAGCAGUUGGAGGUAAACAUUUGCUUCAAAGCACUCUUCUGCCUGAAUACAGACUCCUAGAGCUGCUAGAAAAUACUUAUUACUUGUUACCCACAGAGUUUUUGGAAGAAGACUGACUCUGCUGACCUACGGUGAAGUUUUACUUUCAGUUUUUAAGCUCCUCUUGUGUCUGUUCUUGCUCAAUAUGAACUGAAGGUAGAGCAUCCUGAACACGCUUUCCUGUGCAGGCACAUCAAUCACUCAACACAAAAAAACCUGAUGUGGUUUUACAGAUGUGCUGUGCCAUCCGCGCAAUAUGCAUCCAUUUUUCAACAGUUUUGUUGUGGGUAUUUUACAUAAAUGUCACAGUGUGGUUCAGUACAAACAUGUUAUUUCUUGUUUGUUUCCUUUACCCCUCAGUCCCACUAGAUGCCACUGUGGUGCUUUGAACGGCUGAGGAUGGAGAACAAUGUGUACCUCCUGUUGGGAAAUGAACAGCAAUAGAUUGGAUCUUACAGUUUUCAUGAAUAUUUUAUUGGUCUAGAUGACUUUUAAAGAUUAACUGAAUCUAUUUCAUGUGCCCAUCGAAUAAUUCACCAGACUAUUUUAGUCUGUGUGCCCUUAUGAAAAAAAACUCAGUUUUCUCUGAAAACGUUUUGCAUUUUUAUCAGCACACUCCUGCUGAAGACUCCCAUGAGCCCUCAGGAGUUUAUUUUAAGAUACAAUCCAGAAUAAUAAUAGAAUACCUAUUUAACAUCUAUUUUUAAUUUUAACUUUUUGUCUAAAUAUGAGGCACAGAAAUGUUAAACUAUUCAUGUAUUUUCCACGCGUUGCUUUAUGUGUGCGGACAUCUCUGGGCUUAUUGCUGGUCAGAAAUGCAGUGAACUGAAUGAUCAAUUAUUUAAAAAAUGUAAAUAAAGUGUCACACUUCAUGUCAAAUUCUUGUUGUAUUGUUUAUA